AACAUACGCUACUUACCGCUUUGAGAGUAUACUUGGAAUAGUAGAAGAGGCAUGAGCACACUCUGCAUAUGAGUCCCGCAUGUUAUUACAGUGUUUAGGCGAUAACAGUAGUGCUUUUUCCAUAUUGGACCACAUCGUGGGUCUUAUUAGUUAUGAAAAGUGAAAUAUGCAGGAUUGAUUAAAUAAUGCGUUAAAAAGCGGGAGCCAACAACACCACAACAGCUGGCCAAUGCCUUUUAUUGAGGCACCAAAAUAAUUCGGGUCAUUUCCCUCCCAUCUAUAAAAGCUUUGCGCGUCACUCACACGACAUCGUGAACUUGGGAGGCAGAUAUCUUCUGCGUCUUGCCUCCCAAAGCGGGUCGCAGUUGGAGACUAGUUGGCCAGAGGCGACACCACCAUGACAGCGACUUCUGAGAAAGUGCAAAGCGUCUCUUUCGGACCCCCGCAUCUCCCGCACUGCGUGGCACCGGUGCUGGGUUCGUCCCCCGCUCGGCCCUCCACGCUGAGUCGUCUGCUGAAGUGUGCCGCCAUCGCUCUGAUUGUUGGCGCACUUGUGAUGCUGUGCGCAUCCGUCGGGGCUUUCUACCAGUGGAAAGUCAGCGAUAAAAACGUGCAUAACGUCCACUACAACAUGCGGAUCAACGGGGAGCUGAGGGGGGGCACGGUGGAGAUCGACCCCCAGAACCACCAGGAGACGUUCACCACCGGGAGCGGCGACCAGGAGGCCGUGGAGAUCCACGACUUCCAGACGGGCAUCAGCGGACUGCGCUUCUUCAGGGGGGAGAAGUGCUACAUCAAACCCCACAUCAAAGCCCCCCUCCCGGACCUGGGGGGCUACACAGAGAGGCUGACUUCAGACCUGUCGGAGGAGACACUCCCCGUGCGGCUGGACCAGGACUCGGUGAUCUGGGUCGCGGCCGACCUCCCCACGCAGGACACCCGCUUCCUCAGCCCCAAGAUCCUGGCGCUGUGUGGGGACGCCCCCGUGUACUGGCUCCACCCCACCCGUCCCAGAGAUGGAGAGCGGAGGAGGAGAGACACGGGGCGCUCCCGGAGACAGGCCCCCACCGAGGAGGGUGGAGCACCAGGUGGAGCAGCACCAGGGGCCGGGCGGAGCGACGCCGGGGGCCGCCCGGGAGACGCCGCGGUAGCAGAGGAGGAGAGAGGAAACGAGGUCGCAGGAGCCGUAGCCCUAGGGGAGGAGGAAGGAGGUCCCGGAGGAGAGGAGGGCGCGUCGGCUGACGGGUCGGCAUACAACCCGGAGAAUCCGUACCACCGUAAACCAGAGACGGCGGGCGGCGAGAGGGAGGCCAUGACCUUCGACCCCAUGCUGGACCACCUGGGCAUCUGCUGCUCCGAGUGCCGGCGUAGCUACACCCACUGCCAGCGCGUGUGCGAGCCCCUGCGCGGCUACUGGCCCUGGCCCUACAACUACGCCGGCUGCCGCGUGGCGUGCCGCGUGAUCCUGCCCUGCCGCUGGUGGGUGGCGCGCAUGCUGGGUCGCGUGUGAGCGAGCUAGCUAGCUAGCUAGCUGCUCGCGCGCCGCCGCUACGUUCCUGACAGGCAGAUGAACCGUCACAUGUAUAAACGCAACAACACAACACAAGCCAGCGGUGUCAGGGUACAUGUUGCGGUGUACGCCGCCGCGGUGUAUGUGUGGGGUAUUUAUGUGCAGGUGUUUCUUUGGUUAAAAGCGUUUAGUUGGUUGUAAACACGCGCCUGCUGCCAGGGCGCUAAGCUGUGGCGGGGAGAAUCAGGGCGCAGCCGCGGCGGCGGGAUUAGCAUGCUAUGUACCCGGGUAAUCCGGGGGGUCACCUGUUUACUCCGGGGGAAACGAGACGUCGCGUUCGAGGGUGGAACCGCUCUUCCCGAAGCAAACACUGUUUUCUUGAUCAUUUGCAUUUUGUCGCGGUUCGGAACGUUCCCAUUUAGCAUCACGAUGAAACAGGGCGUGCUGAUCUAGCGUCGGGGGUUACAAGCAGAGCACCAGGAAUAAAAGGAAAGCGCCUGACAAGGAAUAUAUGUACUUUCCCCUCAUUGAAUGGUUGUCAAUAAAUACAUAAAGUCAUUUAA